AUGGAGACUGAAAGGGAAGUGACAGAAGAGAUCCAGGCGGUUCCUCCACCCCACGAAAUCGGGUUCCUACAUGAGAUAACGUUCGUUUUCUUGGUAUGUCUCUGUCAGAUCCUCACGCAGGCUGGAGUGGCUCAGACCCUUAACCCGGUACGAGAGAUAGGAAGCACUUUUGGUGUUGAAGACCUGCCUGGGAAGUUGUCGUGGUUUUCGGCUUCUUAUUCGCUUACAGUGGGUACUUUUAUUCUUAUUGCAGGUCGUUUGGGUGAUUUAUAUGGGUACAAGCUUAUGUUUAAUGCAGGGUUUGUGGCUUUUGGGGUUUGGUCUUUGAUUUCUGGGUUUGCUGGUUUUACUGAUUCAGAUGUGUUUUUUAAUGUAGCUAGGGCGUUCCAGGGCUUGGGACCGGCUUUUUCAAUGCCUAAUGCUGUUGCUUUGUUGGGCCAUUAUUUCCCUAUGAGCAAGAAGAAGAUGGUAUACAUGGCAUUAUUUGGAGGAGUAGCACCUUUUGGAUUCGUCAUGGGUGCUAUAUUUUCCGGCUUGUUUGCUCAAAUAGUCUGGUGGCCUUGGGCUUUUUGGGUAAAUGGCAUGGUUUGCCUCGGUGUGGUCGUUGUGCUGUACUUUGUCAUUCCUAAAAACAUUGGAAGCAAAUCAAACGGAAAAUUUGACUGGUGGGGCUCAAUUACUGGCGUUUCAGGGUUGGUGCUUAUAAAUUUUGCAUGGAAUCAAGGUCCAAAUGUUGGCUGGGAUGUGCCAUAUGUCUACGUUCUUCUCAUCGUGGGUUUCCUUUGCAUGGGUGCAUUCUGUUUGGCUUCAAAGUAUGCCGCCGACCCGCUACUUCCGAUGUCUUGUCUCAGGGGAGAAACUGGAUUUGUCCUAGGCUGCAUCUCGUGUGGCUGGUCUUGUUUUGGUAUCUGGUUGUAUUACAGCUUCCGCUGGGCUGAAGUUGUUGAUAACGAGAAGCCCAUUAUAAGUGCCGUCCAAUUUAUACCCGCUCCAUUCAGUGGUCUCUGUGCUGCUGCGCUUACCGUAUUCCUUCUCCGGAAAUCUUCACUGUCAGUGGUAAUGGUGGUGGCUAUGUUAUCCUUUUUUGUUGGCAUUGUACUCAUGGGAACCAGACCAGAGAAAGAAAUCUAUUGGAGACAAAAGUUCUUCUCUAUCUUGAUUCAGAGUUUCGGUAUGGAUAUGAGUUUCCCUGCCGGCACAAUGAUUUUGUCAAGUGUUUUGCCUAGACACCAGCAAGGUCUUGCGGGAUCUUUGGUAAGCACCUUCGUCAACUACUCCAUUUCCAUUGGGCUUGGUAUGGCUGCAACAGUGGAACUCUAUACAACCAAGAACAUGGUGCCUGGAUACGAAACUACGGUUGAAGGCUACCGGAAUGCAUUUUACAUCGGCAUGGGCCUUGCAGGGUUAGGCGUCAUCUUGUCUGUUACCUUCCUUGCACUUCAAUCCUUUGGAAACCAAAAGAAAGAAAGCAGGUUCACCGACAGCGACAAACUGGUGAAUUCCACUGAUGCAGAUACCCCCAAACUAGAAGUAUAA